UAGAGAAUCGUAGGGAAAGAUAUAAUCAUUAUGGAGUGGAUUCUCGCACAUCACAUCAGGAUAGUAUGGAGCAUCUUCAGGGGCAAAUGGGAUCACUAGGCCUCGAGCCGCAUCGUGAUUAUAUUUAUCAAAAUGGAACUUUUCAUGUGGUACCUGAUACGCAUACCUUAAGAGUGAUGGCGACUAACGACCGGGAAGCGAUCAUAACUGCCCUGAGGGAAACGAAUGCAGGAGGACAAUCCCACCAAACUUCAGAAGCAGUUGAUCUAGAGGAUUUUAAUGAAGCCAAUUUUAAAGACGGUGAUAUGCUGCUCCAUUCACAUCAGAGAGCGAUAUCAUUCUACGAUAAAAAUAAAAAUAAUUUUUUUACGGUUAAUCAAGAUGGACGAAAAAGUACCUCGCCUGAUGAAGUGGGAGAUGGUGAUGCGGUGACAAACAAUGGACGCCUUAUUGCACAACACGUUGGUGGCAAGUGGAAGGUGCCUCGAAAUACACACGGCUGACACUAAAACUUCCUUGUCCUGCUGAAUCUAGUAAACAACAAG